GGACCACAAGAUGUAGGAUCUGUCCUGUCAUAGUUGAUAUUGCAUUUCAGUGCUGCAAAUUGCUGAGUAAUUUACAAUUAAUCAAAUUAUGUAAACCCAAAUGACAUGAAGUAGAAACCUGGGCUUUUGGGGCCCCUGGGCAGUUGCCUACUUUGAUCGGUUGGUAAUCCAGCCUUGGUUCCAUUUAUCUACCUGUCCAGUUAAGUUUGUCAACAUACCUCUGAAAUCUGGACUCCCUCAUGUUUGUCAGGAGGAGAGCACAGCAUCUCUACCGGCUGUCCUGAGCAGAGCUGCAGCAGACUGGGCAGCAGCAUUCCUGGCCAGGACAGCCGUGAAUGUGUUGGGAGGGGCGGACAGAGCAGCAGCAGCAGCAGUCUGGGGUCCAACAUCCUCUGUGCUGAGGCACACUGCCCCCCCAUACUUCAAAAACCUCCCGACCCUAAAUCUUCUACAUGUGCUUUUAACGCCUUUCUCAUAACGCAGGAAGCGGCCAAGCGAAGUGAAGUUGAAGGGGACACCGAGUUAGCAGCGUGGAGGGUGUUUUUGUUGAUGUUUUUUCUUCUUUGGCCCGGUUUUCCCACUAAACCAGGAAAAUUGCUUGGUGUGGCUGUAUCGGAGAGAAGGCUCGGGAGGAGGUGAAACUGCGGGAUAUGAUGACUGAGAAAGAAACGGCGACAGAGAAGAUAAUAACAGAUGCGAUGGCUAAUCCUUCUCCAGCAAAGAGCAUGGGUGACCCUGGAAUCACUCCACUGUCUCCCUCACACACUCAGCAGAACGACACAGACCAGGUCCCGUCAGGACCGUCCUUCAUGGUGGUGGUUGCCAUUGACUUUGGCACCACGUCCAGCGGUUAUGCUUACGCUUUCACUAAGGAGCCAGAGUGCAUUCACACCAUGAGGCGUUGGGAAGGUGGGGACCCUGGUGUGUCCAAUCAGAAGACUCCAACCACAAUCCUGUUGACUCCAGACAGGAAAUUCCACAGUUUUGGCUAUGCGGCUCGUGACUUCUAUCAUGACCUGGACCCCAGCGAGUCUAAACAGUGGCUCUACCUGGAAAAAUUCAAAAUGAAGCUCCACACCACUGCAAAUCUGUCCAUCGACACAGACCUGCAGGCAGCCAAUGGGAAGCGAGUGAAAGCUCUGGACAUUUUUGCAUAUGCGCUGGCCUUCUUUAAGGAGCAAGCACUAAAGGAGCUGAGUGAUCAGACAGGUGGCGAGUUUGACAACAAUGAUGUGAGAUGGGUGAUCACUGUUCCUGCCAUCUGGAAAAUGCCUGCAAAACAGUUCAUGAGGGAAGCUGCCUAUAAGUCUGGUCUGGUGUCCCGUGAAAACCCAGAGCAGCUGAUCAUCGCCUUAGAACCCGAGGCAGCAUCAAUCUACUGCCGCAAGCUCCGCCUCCACCAAAUGGUGGACCUGGGCAGCCAGACCACCCAGAACGGCUUCAGCCCCACGGAGAACGUAGGGAGUGGAAUGACCCAAGCUAAGGAGCAUGUUCGGCGCAACCGGCAGAGUCGCACCUUUUUGGUGGAAAAUGUCAUAGGGGAGCUUUGGUCGGAGCUGGAAGAAGGUGACCGUUAUGUGGUGGUAGACUGUGGCGGAGGAACAGUGGACCUGACUGUCCAUCAGAUCCGCCUUCCAGAGGGACAUCUAAAGGAGCUCUACAAGGCCUCAGGUGGUCCCUACGGUUCUAUCGGGAUUGACUAUGAAUUUGAGAAGCUGCUGUGUCAGAUCUUUGGUCAGGAUUUCAUCGACCAAUUCAAGAUCAAGAGGCCGGCCGCUUGGGUGGACCUGAUGAUUGCAUUUGAGUCACGGAAGAGGGCAGCAGCCCCUGACAGGACCAACCCCCUAAAUAUUAACCUGCCCUUCUCCUUCAUUGACUACUACAAAAAGUUCAGGGGCCACAGUGUUGAACACGCCCUGCGCAAAAGCAAUGUGGAUUUUGUUAAAUGGUCAUCUCAGGGGAUGCUGAGGAUGAAUCCAGAUGCUAUGAAUUCCCUCUUCAAGCCCACCAUAGACCACAUCAUCCAGCACCUCACUGAGCUCUUUGAUAAGCCAGAGGUGAGCGACAUUAAGUUCCUCUUCUUAGUGGGAGGUUUUGCUGAGUCACCUCUGCUACAGCAAGCUGUCCAGAACAUGCUCCAGGGCCGCAGCCGCAUCAUCAUCCCCCAUGAUGUAGGCCUCACCAUCCUGAAAGGCGCCGUGCUGUUCGGCCUGGACCCCAGUAUCAUUAAAGUCCGCCGCUCACCCCUCACAUACGGUGUAGGCGUCCUCAAUCGCUUCGUGGAGGGCAAGCACCCGCCAGAGAAGCUGCUAGUGAAGGAUGGCACACGCUGGUGCACUGACGUCUUUGACACCUUCAUCUCUGCCGACCAGUCUGUAGCGUUGGGUGAGAUGGUGAAGCGGAGCUACACGCCGGCCAAGCCCUCCCAGCAGGUUAUUGUCAUCCACGUCUACUGCUCUGAGAAGGAGAAUGUGGGGUUCAUCAGUGAGCAUGGCGUCAAGAAGUGUGGGACACUUCGCUUGGAUGUGAGUGGAACGGAAAGCACGGCACCGCGCCGCGAGAUCCAGACACUCAUGCAGUUUGGUGACACAGAGAUUCGUGCCAUGGCAGUGGAUGUGUCUACUGGACGCACCGUCAAAGCUAGCAUUGACUUCCUAAGCCAUUAAGUAGAGAACAAGAGAGAUAAUGUUACAGAAUUGUAGGAAGCAAUGGAAAUUGAAAUAUACAGCUUACACACAUACACAAAGAAACACACACACACAACAAGCUGGGGAUAUUUACUGGAAGGCAGUUAAAGUUAAUGAAUCUCAAAACUCAGUCACUCACAGUUUAGCAUGGAUGUUAGACGGUUUGUGUGAAAGUGUUCAACUUCACCUUAAUCAGGCUGACAUUCAACUGUAGAAUUCAUGUUACAAUAUGGAAAAGGAAAAGACAGCCUGGGUGAGUGCGUUGUGUUUUAGGUCUGUCAGUCACUUCACUACAUAGUGUCCACACACCACAAACCCAUAUACCCUAUGCUGAGGCUAUAGCUUUGUUGAGUUGGGUUUAAAAGCUCCUGACAGGAAAGAUAAAGGCUCAUUCACUGUUGAUGCUUCAUCACUUCUCAGCCAUAAUGUAUUACAGCUUUUCAAAUCUUAGCUCUGAGCAUUCAGAGGAAAGCCAGGAAAAAACAGACAUACAGUAUCAUAUAACAACACAAACAUGGUGGAUAGACAUUCAGAGUAUGUCUUUACACUAUUUAGCUUCUUUAAUGCUUUCAACCAGAUUACAGCAGAUCAUUAAUGAUGCUGAUUUAUGCAAUGUCUAGUGGUUCCAUACGGUAUAUGUGCACUACAAAACAGUUUUGUGUUAUAAAAGCUCAGAAGGAUAGAAUUAAAUGCCAUAUAGCUUUGUUGGCAAGUAUUCACUAAGUUCAUGUUCUCCAAAAACAACAUACAGUUCCACUUCACUACAGUUAUGAGGAUUGUACUGGUGGAUUUGCAUCAUUCAGACCUUUGAUUAUUAAUUGUGUAUACUUCACAGCUACCAACCAUUUUUCAAAACAGCAUAUGAUUUUAGAUUGAGUUUCUAUGUUCUAGACAGUCAUUAGUAAUGGUAAUCCAAUGAAGUUAGCAUUUAAUUGAUUUAGUUUUUUGGUCUCAGUUUCAAAGUCUACAAGAACUAGGCUAAACAGUUACAUACAGUUAGCUUAUGCUUUUAGCUUGUUCAUAAUA